AUGUUUGAUCAGAGUCACUCAACAGCUCUCUUUCUGCUUGAGGUUCUUUUAAAUCACCAAGGCCCUAUACACCUUUCUGCCCUUUAUUUGUCCUUCCAAGCUUCUAUGAAUAAUGCCCAGAGCUACCUUAAUCCGUAUGGUAUUACAGUGUCAAUGAACAGCAUAUCACUUGCAGAGUUUAUCAAAUUUCUUCAAAGUUUUCCAUCUUUGUUCAUAAUUGUUGGAAAUUAUGUAUAUCCAACGGGUCACUUAGACUUCGAAAAUGGAACCCCUGCCUUGCAGCAGAAUAUGUCUUACGUUGAUCCUAAUUGUUGUUGCGUGGUACAACCAAGUGCUGAUGGCUUUCCCAAUGGUCAAGUUAUUCCAGCUUUUGUUGAUCCUGUCCUACGAAGAAAUACGAUGACCUUUUUGCAGAACUAUCUCCUCACUUGUGGAUCUCAUCGUUACAUACCGAUUCAGAAACUGAUGGGGUGUUUAUCUUACGUUUCACCUGUGAUUCGUGCUUCUUUACCUAAUAUAAAAUCUCUCACAAUUUUUCUUCGCCAAUAUCCAGAAGUUUUCCAUCUUAAAGAAGGAAUGGUUGGAUUAGCUAAACCACGGCGAAUUUUCCGUCAAGUCUUUCAGUCAGAUUCAAAUGAUGCCCACAAAACUUCUGUGUGUGAAACUUCAACAGAAGUUCCCAAAGUUGAAGUUGUCGUUUCCAGCACACUCGAUUUUGUCGACUCCAAGCCUAUAAUCCUUCCUGCCUCAGACUUUUCCGUCAUUCUUGUAAUCCGGCGCAUUUUGCGCCAAGCAGACGAAAAAGGUCUACAUGUAGCAGUUGUUAUUAAACAGCUUAUUGAUUUUCCCUACAACGUCCGGAAACUUGUUGGUCUGACUCGAUUCGAGCUGCAUGCGUUCGUUGAAAAAUAUAAGGAAUUUUUCGACAUUCUUCCCCUCUCCACUAAUGGAACUACCUCAACUGGCGAUGAUACUGAUAUUUCACUUAAAAUAUCAACUAGUUUUUGUCUCAGGAUAAACGCUAAUGCUGUCCACAUGCGCUCACGAAUUCUCGACACAAAUUAUAUUGGCCGGUCCGCCAAUGGCAAGGACUCCUCAAGGUUAGAACAACACGUUGGGCGUGUUUUCCGCGUUGCUAAGUCUUGGGGCAUUAUUGAUCUGGGAAAUCAUGUCCACGUAUUCUUCGAUAAAUCGAUUUUCAGAAAUGUAUCUGAUCUGCAAAAGGUCUUUCAGUUACAAAAUGAGACUGUUCAAGAUCGCAUUGCUAGUGGAGACAACGUUAAAUUGAUUUUGCAUUCACCUAAUGAAUUAGUCCACUUCGACGCUAUUCGGGCACCUCUUCGAUCACGAGCAAAGUGGCGUGCAACUCGAGUUUGGAAGUCCGAUGACAAUGACAUUCUUCAACACCUUCUUGCUUUUCCAUCCUCCAAAAUGUCUAGUCAACAAACACUCUACCAAUGCGCAGUUGGUAGUCCAAGUAACGGCAGUCAUUUGGGCUGUGUUGGCAGUGGUGAAUCAGGGUUCGUCUCUUCAUGCGGACCGCGUUGUCUCCCCUUCCUUGCGCCUCCAUCUCGAUGUAAAUCCAAAUCCAGUGUCGACUCGGCGCCAUCCUCGAACCUCCGCGGUUCUGCCUCUUCAGCCACCAUGAGGCAACGUCGUUGUCGUUCUCUUGAUCGUUUAGAUCUUGAAAUGCCAAAUCAUCUUCAUCGAGACACCGAUUUUCUGCCUAACGAGGACUAUUCUGGAUACUAUCUUAGUGAUGAAGAUGAAUUAAAUCUUGAACUGGAUCCUUCAAAAAGUGGAAACGACGAUAUUCUCUCAUUUUUAGCUUUUGAUACGCUUAAAAGACCCAUUAAACUUCUUCACAACACUGGAGGUAUGCUACCAGAUCUGGAAUUUCCUGACUCAGACAUCAGUUCCUGGGCUCAAGGUGAUUUGGAGAGUAUGUCAGUGGCCAAUGGUCAUCCAGAUAAGUCGACGUGUAAUGCUUCAACACAGACCUGGUUUACGGGUGUGAUAACUUCAGCAGAAUUCUAUCAUGGUCCAACCUGUACGCAUGAACAACUUCAAGUAGUGAAGGAAUAG